UUCGCAAGGUCUUACUUGCAAGAUGAUAGAGCGUUCUUCGCGUUGUGGGGAGUGCGUUCGUCGAGGGCGUUCUUGCGAUGGUUCCCGUGUCCCACUUUCUUCUUUGGAACGCAUUUUACAAGAACAACGGCGGAUUAAGGACGCGGAGCGGCGUGCUGAGCUCGAGCUGGACGAAUCUCAACGUCGUUUGGAGGAGGCCCAGCAGGAGCUGUCCGAAAAACUCGCACGCCUCCGCCGUCUUCGUCAGCAGAAGGAGUUCUUGGUGGAGCGGGGUGCCGACAUGGUGGCGCGGGGCCUGUCGACUUUGGACGAAUUGGAAUCGGCUGAACGGGAGGAGUCGGCUGCUGUUCUUGACGCACAGCUUAGUGGUGCCGUCGACGUGGCUGAUUGGGGUGCCGCCCUGGGAGCCGUUCCUGGACUGGGGCAAUGGGCCGAUCCGGGUUCCUCUGGUGGAACUCUGUCAGCUUCUCAGGGCAGUGGAGGUUCGUGACUGGCUCCCAGGAGUUGUCCUCUGGGCCGAAAUCCAGCCAUUUGACGAGGUACUCCAACUGCUUUUUGUCGUUAAUCCGUGAAUCCAAGAUUUCUUCGACGUCCCAUUCUUCUUCUUCAUCUUCUGCCGUGAUGUCCGUGGCGAGUUUGGCAUUCUUGGGUGCUGGUUCCAAAAGCGAGAUAUGAAAGACGUUUGUUCGUAACUUCAUUGAUGCUGGUAGUGACAGUCGAUAGUUGGAUGUCGAAAUUUGCUCGUCGACCUUGAAUGGUCCAAUCUUCUUGAAGUCCAGCU